CACCGACCGGCCGUCAGCUGAGCCCUGAAAAAGGAAGGCGAGUUGAUUCAGUUGCAGUAGGAUUUCGGCCGUGUGAUAUCGUCUCUCGGCCUCACAGGUCCCCUGGCCCCAUUUGCUCCAGUUUUCACGCGGAUACACGUUUAGAGGAAAUAUCUUUUAUGGUCCUGGCUGAAGAUUGCACUAUGUCUCGCACCGACGAGGUUCACCGAGUGACGGAAAACGUCUACAAGACAAUCAUGGAACAGUUCAACCCUUGCUUGCGAAACUUUGUUGCCAUGGGGAAGACCUACGAGAAGGCCCUUGCCAAUGUCACAUUCGCCGCCAAAGGCUACUUUGACGCUCUGGUGAGAAUGGGCGAGCUAGCCAGCGAGAGUCAAGGAUCCAAAGAUUUAGGUCUGAAUGUUUCUGUCCUUGGCUCAAUGUCGCUCUUUUGCGUUCCUUUUCCUGGACAAUGCACUGCACUUUCUGAAGAGGCAGCUUGCGACGUGCUCUUCCAAAUGGCAGAGGUCCACCGACAGAUCCAAGUGCAGCUGGAGGAGAUGCUGAAGUCUUUCCACACUGAGCUGCUGUCGGAGCUGGAGAAGAAGGUGGAGCUGGAUGCUCGCUACCUGGCUGCGGCCCUGAAGAAGUACCAAGUGGAGCACAAGAACAAAGGGGAGAGUCUGGAGAAGUGUCAAGGGGAGCUGAAGAAGCUCCGCCGGAAGAGCCAAGGCAGCAAGAACCCGUCCAAGUAUGGCGAGAAGGAGAUGCAGUUUGUGGAGACCAUCAGCAGCAAGCAGAGCGAGCUGGACACCUUCAUCGCUGAGGGAUACAAGACGGCCUUGUCGGAGGAGCGCCGGCGCUACUGCUUCCUGGUGGACCGCCAGUGUGCCGUGGCCAAAAACAGCAGCACCUACCAUGGCAAGGGUAAAGACCUUCUGACCCAGAAGAUCCCAGUCUGGCAGCAGGCCUGCUCGGACCCCAACAAGCUCCCUGAGAGGGCCGUGCUGCUGGCCCAGCAGAUGGGCUCGGCCGCCUCGAGCAGCGCCAGCCCCCUGCACACUUCCAAAUCCAACCUGGUUAUCUCUGACCCCAUUCCCGGGGCCCAGCCCCUUCCCGUGCCGCCCGAGCUGGCCGUUUUCAUGGGUGGUGGCCUCGGGCACCAGGCGAGGCUGAUGGGCCCCGAUGGCAUGUCCGUGGUCAACGGGACGACGGGAGUCCACGGCGAGGAAUACUGGCCAGACGGAGGGACCCUGUCCCAAGUCAGGCCUUCGUCUCCGCAGGCCCAGGUGCAAGCGCAGGCCCAAGCGCAGGCGCAGGCUCAGCCUCAGAGACAGGUCAGCGACGUCUACUCCAACACCCUCCCUGUCCGCAGGCCGGGUCCCGCCAAGAACAAGAACCCUGUAGGUGAGACACGGACCCUCCCCCGGUCCAGCUCUAUGGCAGCGGGCCUGGAGAAGAACGGGCGCUCCCGCGUACAAGCCAUCUUUUCGCACGCCGCCGGCGACAACGGCACCCUGCUCAGCUUCUCCGAGGGCGACGUCAUCACCCUGCUGGUGCCCGAGGCCCGCGAUGGCUGGCACUAUGGCGAGAACGAGAAGAACAAAAUGCGUGGCUGGUUCCCAUUCUCCUACACGCGAGUGCUGCCCGAGACCGAUGGCGAGAAGCUGAAAGUGAACCUGCAUCACGGGAAGAGCAGCAGCACGGGCAACCUUCUAGAGAGUGACCAAUCCCUGCCCACACCCGACUACGGCCUGACCGCCCGACUUUUGGCGCAGAGUCUGGCGCAGAGCCGCCCCAGGCCCUACAGCAUGGCGGCCUUUGGCACUCAGCCCGGUGUCUUUCAGCCUGCUGUCGAGGAUUAUGACGGCCGCUUUGCCACAAGUAGCGGUUGGUGGGUGGAGGAUUGCGUUGAGAGUCGGGGCGGGGCCUACCUGCUCGGCGUGCAGCGAUACGGACUCUGAGCAACGGCAGGCACGUGUGGACUGACUGCCCUUGCUCGCCUGCUUUGUCUUUUUUUUUUUUUUUUUUUUUUGCCGUGCAUGUACGCACUUGUCUUUUUUUGUGGCUCUCAAUAAGGAGUACAGCGUGGUCGCAACCCAUAAAAGUUGCAAAAGACAAAAUGGUGCUUUGAAAUGCAAAAUCACAAGGGAAGGCUGUGCAGGGACGAUGCGAUCAGUCGCGCUUACACCUGAUUUAUUUUGGUGUUGGCACUGCAUGGAGAGAGUGACCUCCCCACCCCCCGCGCAAGAUUUUUCUCAAAAUAGGACAGGCAACAUCAGACGGUGGUGCCCAAAGAUACAAGCGACCUGACUUAAGUCUUUCCAGAUAUGAGCCGUUGGUCGGUCAAUUGAUUAUUUUAUUUAUUUUCUGCUUUGACUUUGCAAGCAACAAAGUCAACUCACGUCACAAGCAGCAGUUUUGCAUAACUAAAAAAAAAAAAAAAAUUAAAACAAACACUUCAAACUAUUCAUUGCCACUCGUUAACCUUCAAAGUCAAUGUAAAGCAAAGAACUACACUGUGUAUUUACAAUGACCACAUCACGUUGCCUUCAAAUUUGCGAGCUCAAGUGCCAUGGAUGGAUGAACCAAUAGCGCACGUCUGUCUCGAGUGCUUUAAGCAAAGAAUAUUUGGAGACAAACAACAGAGAAACCCAUGUAGGCAGACCGUAGGAAAAUACUCCCAGGCACAUCUUCUCUGCAAAAAUCUACCUGUGACCGUCUUCAUGUGCUGUAUAUCGUUGUCUUCUUCUGCCCCCACGUGGCCAAGGUGUGUACAUCAUAAGCAGCAGCUCAAUGUCCAUUGAAUCGAAGUCUUUCAUGGAACAAAAUGGUCACGUUCUCAUCACCUGCAACCUUAGUUUACCAUUGCCAAAAAUACAAACGGGAAUGAAUUGAACUUGUCUAUUGUCUCACGGCGGCACGUACAGUAUAAUAGAAUGGUACAUAAUUAUUCUUUUGUGGAGGUUUUUUGGGAUGGGAGGGGGGGGGAGAUGUUUUUUCUGAAAAAUGUAACCAUACCAUCACUGCAACCUUUGGUUGUAAAACGUUGACAAGACAAAAAGAGGGAUUUGGACAGAGGGGUGUGUUCACUUGAUAGACGUUUUCUGCUGCAUAUCCUGGCGGGUGUGUUGGAUGCCUUACACGCUGCUUCUGCCUGUCUUUACCCCCCUUCCCCUUUUUUGGUGCAGGCGAGCUUGAGCAACAUCUCUCGAAUCAAUAUCUAUAUGUGACUCGUUUGUAUCCGUCCACCCAAUUGCACCAUUUCCUUCUUUUUGAAUUUGGUCUUCUUUGUGCAAAUGGCCGCGUUGGAUAAGCGCUGUGAGUUUGUGGAUGAUUAGCGGCCAUCUUUUCUCUUCAUUUCCUUUGCUGCUCGCUCUGUUUUUUUUUUUCUUUUCUGAUUGUAUUCCCCAGUGCUUUUGUAGUUCCUUUCCUCUCCAAACUAUGGGUGUCCUUGUUCAAAAACACUGAGUAGUUGUUUUAUCUUAUGCAUGCCGUGGAGGGAUAUCAGAAAAUGUGAUUUAAAAAAAAAAAAAAAACAGACCUUGAAUGUAUGGUGACUUUUUACAAAAGGUAUUCUAAAUAAAGCUUAACUCUCUAUAUUAA